UUCUUUCCCAGCUUUUGGCCUAAACUUCGACCCAGGCCUCAUAAGAAAGGGCACAGAAAUUGAUUUGUGAGCCGAAGUCAGCAUCUUUUCAUUAUGUCGCGAGGGACAAGCGCUGGAUAUGACAAGCACAUCACCAUAUUCUCUCCUGAGGGGCGGCUUUAUCAAGUUGAAUAUGCCUUUAAAGCCAUAAAUCAGGGUGCCAUGACCUCAGUUGGGGUGAAGGGUAUUGAUGCUGCAGUGGUUGCUUGUCAAAGGAAAGUGCCUGAUAAACUUCUUGAUGCAGACACAGUAUCUCAUAUGUUUCAAAUUAGUGAUGGAAUAGGAUGUGUCAUGACAGGGAUGAUGGCUGACUGCCGUUAUCAAGUCAAUAGAGCAAGGUCAGUUGCAGCCAAAUGGAGAAACCGAUAUGGCUAUGAAAUACCUCCAGAAAUGCUGUGUAAACAGAUAGCAGAUAUUUCGCAAGUUUACACGCAGAAUGCAGAAAUGAGGCCUCUUGGAUGUUGUAUGACUUUAAUUGGAAUUGAUGAGGAGCAAGGCGCACAGCUGUACAAAACAGAUCCAGCCGGUUACUUUUGUGGUUUUAAGGCAACUGGUGCUGGUGUUAAACAGAAUGAAGUAAAUAGCUACCUUGAAAAGAAAUUAAAGAAAAAACCUCACUGGAAGUACAAUGAUGUUGUAGAGACUGCCAUUACAUGUUUAUCGAGUGUCUUAUCAGUGGACUUCAAGCCUUCUGAAAUCGAAGUAGCUGUCGUUACAAAGGAUAAUCCAAAAUUUAGGGUUCUAACAGAGCAAGAAUUAGAGGUGCAUUUGACUUCAAUUGCAGAAAGAGACUGAUCACUUGAUGAAGGGACUUUUUGUUUUUAUUUAAUAGUUGAAUCGUUUCUAGCAAGAAUAUUGCUUUGCAUUUUUCUGCAUCGGAAAA